UGUACGCUGAAGUGUUAUUAGAUUUGUCAAAAUCUGCAACUGUAUUCUCUUUUGAGUAUUUUCUUCUUCUUGGAAGAAAAUUAGAGGACAAAGUGAGGGUCACUGAACAAAUUGAGUCAUUAUGAGCGCCAACAGGCAAGGAAGCUCCAGAAAUGGCAGACGAACUUCGCCUGGGACUCCGAAGUCGCCUUCUUCGGGAGGAUUAAGUUAUCCUACGAUACGACAAAGAGGUUAUUACUCCGAUAUUCUAGGAGAAGGAUCAAAAGUAGAGCUUGGGAGUAUUACUGGUGGUCCAGCAGCCUCCAGAAGUACAUUAUGGAAAACUGCAAAAUUGAAGCAUAUGCCAGAAGUUCAAACAUUCAAGGGACCUAUGUCUUCUCAAGCACUGAGUUCUCUCCUAAAGGAUCAAGUUCAUGGACCAACUACAGCACCCAUUACAGUUUCUGACUUUCCUGAAAAAUCCUGGGAGCCCAAGGUGCAACUCCCAUACAAGGCAGAGCCAGGCCAAGUUCCUAGAAAAAUUGAAAUUGAAAGACAAAAGCGCAUAUUUUCCAAGCAAGAUAUUAACACACUACUGGAAGAGCUUGGAGUCAAGACAUCUGAGCUUAUGCCCAAAGGAGACUACAACAUGAGAGUUAAUCUCACAGGACCUGAUGCUGCCCCAUUUCCUGCCUUCUUACCUCUUCACAUAUUUGAUGACACAGAAUUUGAUUGCCGCAACCCAAAUGAGUGGUUGGAACUAGGCUUAGUCGAUGGUAAACAACAUCCAGUACCAGGAAAAUCACUAUUGUUGAGAGAGAGAGGGAAAAAUGGCAAAGGAUAUGCAUGGACAGAUGUUGGUACACUAGAUUAUGAUGACAUGAAACAGUUGUUUUUGGUGCAAGUUGUUGGUACAGGAGGCCUCCAGCACAAUGUUAUCCCAGCAGCAAAUGGAGUGAUGGAAAAUGGUACAGUGAAUGGUGAAGCACAUGGCAAUGAGGAACCAAAAAGGAAACGUUCCAAAGUUGAAGGUGCACAGUUUUGGGUUCCACGAAUACAGCUAUUGUUUGCUGCUGAGGAUCCAAUAAACUUUGCUGAAAGAGUAGCCAAGGCAUAUGCCCUGCGUUGUGAAACAGAGGCUUUGCUCAGGUACAAUCUGUAUGUUGAUUGCAUGCCUAUGGAUGGAGUGGUCAGGCUUGAUCCCAGUUCAUUGGAAAGAAUGAUCACCUGGGCUAAAGGAACUAGAACACUGAAGAGCGACAAGAGCUUGGAUGAACAUGUGCACUUACUGUCUAAAGAAAUCCAAGUAGACUUCUCUCGCAGCAUGAACAGGAUCACAUUUGACAGGAUAGUCAAUAGUAAACCAGAAACAUAUCCCUUUGUAACUCUUCCUCAAGAGGAGGAAGAGGUGAUUCCUGAACGAGGAUUCCACCCAGAUGUUCCUUUAUAUCCCUUUGAUGAGAAGUUUGAUGACUUUGCUUUCAACUGUUUGCUGACCAGAGAGGAAGCCAUAGUGGCUAUGGCUAAAGUGAGAACUGAAUGCAACAAAGUUGCUAGCAUGUCAGUGUUCCAGGUUCCUGUGUCAAAAAGUAUGAAACUGGAAGAAUUUGAGCAAACACAAGCCCAAGUCAGCACACAGGUACAAAUAUUUUUGCGGGAUAGCUGGUUAAACACCCUCAGAACAGCUAUCCGCAGCAGCCUUUUGGAUGUGGGAAAGGGAUGGUUUAACAUGGAGGAAAGAAACUGGGAGGUUUACCAAAUCUCUAAGUUGGCCAAAUUUAUGCAGCUGGUGAAAUUUGCCAUGCAGGAUUCACUGCGUUACUUAGUACAGGAUUCCUUGGCAGCUUUUACUCAGAUGAUCCUGGAUGCCACCUACAGUGUAAUGGACCUAGGGGAAGACUUUGAUUGGGGUGAAGAUAUCAUAAACAGUAAUUACAAACCUAAAAAGAAUGCCUUGUUCAUGCUGGACCUAACAAUGGAGAAGACAGGAGUUCAGUACAACACUGAUCUGGAGAGCUUUGGCCGUGUGGUGAUUGCACUGUUCGACAAGGGCAUCACAUGUACAAAGAAUGUCCCACAACUGGAGAAGAUGGUGAUUGAAGGCUUAUUCUGGAGUGGAACACCUCUGCUUGAGUCUGUUGGUGAGAAUGAACCAGAGGUGGUGAAACUAAGAGAAACUGUACGACAGGCGAUCAAAAAGUCACUUAUUCCACUGAGAGCUUAUGCCAAGCAAUAUGAACAGUACUUGGAGCUGUACAAUAUGGAUAUAAAUCAAUAUCUUGAGGAAUACGAUUCACAAGAACGAUCUGCAUCAGAAGUGAAACAAGAGAUUGAACGACAUCUCAAAGAUAAAGAGACUUUGGAGAACUCUCUGCCAUCGAGCAUCGUGAUUGGUCCUUACUGGAUCUCUACGGAAGGAGUCAGACAGGCGCUUGCAAAGAAACGAAAAGCUCUGGCUAAUGCUGUUAUUGAACUGUUGGCCAAGAAACUUCGUAAACAAGCAGAUAUGGUCUGUGAGGAG